GGCUUCUUCUCUUUUUUUUUUCUUCUUUAUAAUAGCUUCUCUGAGACAAAUUCUUUAUUGGCUUCUUUAUUAAAAACCUCGGAUUGGUUCUUCGUUCACACAAGUUGUGUUGUGUGUAUUAGUUGUUUAACUUCCGCAGAGCCAAAAGCUUUUUAUUUUAUUUUUCACUAAAGUGUCUUCCCGUUACGAUCCAAUCAAAUCCUAAUCCUAUGGAGCGAGGUUGUUACCGAGGUGGUCGUGGUGAUGGCCGUGGCAGAGGCGGCGGAGGUCGUGGUGAUGGUGGUGGUGGAGGUCGUGGUUACGGCGGAGGAGGAGGUGGAGGAGACCGUGGUCGCGGUUAUGGAGGCGGAGAUCGCGGUCGUGGUCGCGGCUCAGAGCGAGGCGGCGGGAAUCGUGGUCAAGGUCGCGGUGAGCAACAGGAUUUCAGAAGCCAGAGUCAGUGGGGACCUCCUUCAGGUCACGGUGGCCGGGGGACUCAGUUCCAGCAACCUCGACCACAGGCGACUCAGGUGACACAAGCGGUUCCGCAGCCACAAGUGACACAACCAGGACCUCCGUCAGGGUACGGUGGCCGUGAUACUCAGUUGCAACAACCUCGUCCACAGGCGGCUCAGGUGACACAAGUGAGUCAUGCUGGGGGCGCCGCUAGGGGCGCUUGGGGUCGUAAGCCACAGGUUCCUUCUGAUUCGGCUUCUCCGUCCACCUCCGUCGUGGUUACUGAACCCGUUCGUGUUGCUGAAGUUGUGAUUCCAAGACCAUCUGUACAAGUUGCGUCUACUGAUAAGAAAGAACCAAUGAAGCGACCUGAUAGAGGCGGUGUUGUGGCUGUGCGGCGUGUUAAUCUAUAUGUCAAUCAUUUUAGAGUCAACUUCAAUCCUGAUAGUGUCAUAAGACAUUAUGAUGUUGAAAUCAAAGGAGAUAAUCCUACUAAGAAGAUAUCGAGGUUUGAGCUAGCUAUGGUCAGGGACAAGGUGCUCACCGACAAUCCCGGCGAGUUUCCCUUUGCUAUGACUGCUUAUGAUGGUCAGAAGAACAUUUUCAGCGCGGCUGAACUGCCUACGGGUUCAUUCAAGGUGGAGUUCCCUGCAACUGAAGAGAUGAGAGGUCGUAGCUAUACGUUUACCAUCAAUCAGGUGAAUGCUCUGAAGCUACGUGACUUGAAAGAGUACAUGACAGGGAGCACGUCUUUGAAUCCGCGUGAUGUAUUGCAAGGGAUGGAUGUUGUCAUGAAAGAGCAUCCUUCCAAGUGUAUGAUCACAGUUGGUAAAAGCUUUUUCACUCGUGAGACUGAGCCUGAUGAAGACUUUGGCUUCGGGGUUGCACCUGCGAAAGGGUAUCGUCAUACUCUGAAGCCCACGGCACAAGGUUUAUCAUUGUGCUUGGACUACUCCGUUUUGGCGUUUCGCAAAGCAAUGUCAGUCAUCGAGUACUUGAAGUUGUACUUUAACUGGUCUGAUAUGCGUCAGUUCAGGAAUUGUAGGCGUGAUGUGGAAAGGGAAUUGACUGGUUUGAAAGUCACUGUCAAUCAUCGAAAGAACAAGCAGAAACUCACCAUUGUAGGGCUGAGUAUGAAAGACACAAAAGACAUCAAAUUUGAUCUUAUUGACCAAGAGGGAAACGAGCCGCCAAGAAAAACUACCAUUGUUGAGUAUUUCAGGAUCAAGUAUGGAAGAGACAUUGAACACAACGAUAUUCCUUGCUUGGAUUUGGGGAAAAAUGGUCGGGAAAAUUUAGUCCCCAUGGAGUUCUGCGACUUGGUUGAAGGUCAGAUUUAUCCAAAGGAUGACUUAGAUAAGGAUUCGGCGUUGUGGUUAAAGAAGUUGUCACUGGUCAAUCCACAACAAAGGCAGAAAAAUAUAGAUAAGAUGAUAAAGUCUCGUAAUGGACCGAGCGGGUAUGUGUACAAAUUUGUCAANCUUGACUUCACCGCAUCCGAGAGAUUUAACAAGAUGCCUAAUGACUUUGUGGAUGCCCUGAUGGAACGUUGUUGGAAACUUGGGAUGCAGAUGGAGCCUCCUAUCGUUUACAAAACAUCCAGAAUGGAUACGCUUUCUAAUUGUAAUGCUCUUGAGGAGUUGCUUCGGUCCGUAAUUGAAGAGGCUUCUCGUAAGCAUGGCGGGGCUCGUCCUACUCUUGUUCUUUGUGCUAUGUCCGGGAGGGCCGAUGGCUACAAGACUCUGAAAUGGGUAGCAGAAACCAAACUUGGUCUGGUAACUCAGUGUUUCUUGACCGGGUCUGCCACUAGAGGAGGUAGAAUUUCUGAUCAGUACCUUGCAAAUCUUGCCCUCAAGAUGAACGCAAAGGUUGGUGGAAGCAACGUCGAGCUGAUGGAUAAUACUUUCUCUUUCUUCCAAAAAGGUGAUGAGGUCAUGUUCAUUGGUGCCGAUGUCAAUCAUCCCGCUGCUCGAGACAAGAUGAGCCCGUCUAUUGUUGCUGUUGUGGGUACUCUAAACUGGCCUGCAGCUAACCGUUAUGCAGCUAGAGUCAUUGCCCAGCCUCACCGUAAAGAGGAAAUACAAGGAUUUGGGGAUGCUUGCUUGGAGCUUGUCAAAGCUCAUGUUAAGUCCACUGGGAAACGACCUAACAAGAUUGUGAUAUUCCGUGAUGGUGUCAGCGAUGGUCAGUUCGAUAUGGUUCUCAAUGUGGAGUUGCUUGAUGUCAAGCUGACUUUUGAGAAGAAUAAUUACAAUCCAAAGAUAACGGUCAUCGUAGCACAGAAACGUCACCAAACCCGUUUCUUCCCCGCUACAAGCAAUGAUGGAAGUGAUAAGGGCAAUGUGCCUUCAGGUACGGUUGUUGAUACUAAAGUCAUUCACCCGUAUGAGUAUGAUUUCUACCUAUGCAGUCACCACGGAGGGAUCGGGACAAGCAAACCGACUCAUUACUACACUCUUUGGGAUGAACUUGGAUUCACAUCAGAUCAGGUUCAGAAGCUCAUCUUCGAGAUGUGUUUCACUUUCACUCGCUGCACCAAACCCGUCUCUCUUGUUCCUCCGGUUUAUUAUGCUGACAUGGUUGCCUAUAGAGGAAGGAUUUACCAUGAGGCAAGCUCUCGUGAGAGGAACAUUAGGCAGCCGAGGGGAGCUUCUACGUCUGCUGCUUCGCUUGCCUCUUCAUUAUCAUCUCUUACAAUAGAGGACAAAGCAAUUUUCAAGCUGCACACAGAGCUUGAGAAUGUUAUGUUCUUCGUCUGAAGAAGAGUGUGAGUUUUUUUGUGUUUAGGGUCCCAAGCUGAACUUAAUACUAUAUUCGGAAUCGGAACGCCCCGAGAACGCAGUUUUACUCCUUUUUUCUGGUUAGAAAGGAGUUUGUGCGUGAAUCUAAUUGGGUUUUUCGCAGUGUGUUUCUUUCAUUUUGGUUGGUGUGUUGAAAUGAAUUUCUUUUUGGUGUUGUAAUGCUCUUUAGAGCAGAAACCACGUCUUUGUGUUUUUUGGUUUUAUAGUAUUUCAGACUCAUAUUUUGCUUGCGUUUUGAAAAUUUGGUUAUUAGUUUUAUUAAACCUUAAGAUUUUACAGAUGAGACAGGAAUAUAUUGUUAGUUUCGCUUUUA